UUCAAUUUGACUUGAUUAUGAUGGACGGUCGGGAUUGGUUUUGAGGCCCCUCCGUAAUCUUUCCUACGAGGAGGGGUCUAUAUAGUUUCCAUCCAGGGCUUUGGAUCACAAUGGGAUCAUGCGAUGGAGGGAGGGAGAGAGGUCUGGUAGAGAAGAGAGAGAUGGAGAUGGAGAUGGAGGGGCUGUUGCCAUCGAAGAAAGCGGCAACGAGGGGGAAGGAGAGGCCCUACCGAGGAAUAAGGAUGAGGAAGUGGGGGAAGUGGGUGGCGGAGAUCAGGGAGCCCAACAAGCGGUCCAGGAUAUGGCUCGGCUCCUACUCCACCCCCGUGGCCGCCGCCAGGGCCUACGACACCGCGCUCUUCUACCUCCGGGGCCGCACCGCUCGCCUCAACUUCCCCGACGACAUCUCCGUCGACGACGGUGACGCCGCCCGCGGGGCGGCGGCCGCCAUGUCCGCGGCUUUGAUAAGGAAGAAGGCGGCCGAGGUCGGCGUCAAGGUCGACGCGCUCCAGUUGAGCGGAGCGGCGGUGUUCGGCGCUCGGGAGGACCGGCGUGGGGAAGGAGAUCAGAAACGGUUCAAGAAUCCUGAUCUCAACCAGGCGCCGAGCCCCGAGAGCUCCGGUGACGACUGGAGCAGCAGCAGCGGCGGCGACAGCUCACACUAGAUCAUGUGAAGGAAGAAGGAAGAAGAGACCAUGUUUAUAUGUUGCUAAUAGAGAUAGCUCCUUUUGCUUGUUCAUAGUUGUAGUUCUUUUGUUGUUAGUGAACCAAUCCAAGAUGCGUUGUCGGAGUCAACUCUUCAUCCAUGUAAAGAGAGCUUCCGUGAGAAACCAAUACAUCUACCUUCCUCUUC